AUGGUCUACAUACUAGUACAGAACUCGGGCAGAGUGGAGGCGUGGAAGGUGGCUAUCCAAGACGACCCGGACACCAACCAAGAUACAGGCGGUGUAGGAAAGGAGGCGUGGACCGGCACAGCAACCUGUCUUGUCCACGCAGGAUGCAUCACCAGCGUCGUGCCGUUCGCGACUGCCGACGGUGGUGCAGAGAGAAUAAUGAUUACAAGAUCGGACUUUGACGCAGCGUGGGUGGUAGAGACGGUAGACGUCGUGUCUCCUGACACCAGCGUGCAUCUUGUGGACGAGCUACGCCUCAUCCCUUCAGGGCCCGGUCUGCAGGCUAGCCAUCACACCAUUACUUAUCCUGUUGGUGUUGUCGCCGAAGGCAGAGGCUAUCACGUCCAGGCCUUCGUACACACACCGUUGGAACCAAAAGACACAUCUCAACCCUGUCGUCGUCGUCGGAAAUACCCAGUAAUGGUUCUCAUACACAGCGGGCCCAACGACGCUCACCGUGAAGCGUGGUCGGUGACCUGGAACCCUCUCUUGUGGACCAGCAGGGGUUUCGUCGUCAUCGCGCCGAACAUCAGUGGCUCCGUCGGCUUUGGACUGCCGUUUGCGCAUUCCAUCUUCCAGCAAUGGGGCGGCAGGCCGUACGAUGACAUCGUUGCCCUGCUGGACUGGCUUGCCUUGAACAAAGACGGCGUCGUCGAGGACUGCCAGAUCGACACAGACAAGGUCCUCUGCAGUGGAUACAGUUAUGGCGGCUAUCUGGUAAACUGGAUAGCCGGCCAGCAGAGUCGGAGUCAGGGUCAGACGAACAACAACAGCAUUAAGUUCCGCGCCCUCACGGUUCACGGCGGCGUGUUCUCUCCCCGGGGCCUACUGGGCAGCGACCUCCCUCUGGCCUUCGCCUACGACUUUGGGGGCUUUCCGUGGGAGGGGGAGGAGGGGGAGGGCAAGGACGAUGAUAAAAUCAACAGCUGGACCCGAUGGGAUCCCGCCCGCUUUGCGCGAAACUGGAGGACGAUGAUAAAAUCAACAGCUGGACACGAUGGGAUCCCGCCCGCUUUGCGCGAAACUGGAGGACGCCCAUGCUGUUUACUCACGGCAGCGAGGACUUUCGCGUCCCCGUGA